UGUUGCCCAUGCUUUCAUCGCAGAGGUUAUGUUUAUUGUUUUGAUAUCCAUUGUCGCAACAAUAUGUGCUUACGACCAACUUCCAUUUCUGGAGACUACCCGCAAGUGCCAUUUCGUCCAUAAAUGUAUUAUUUUAAAUAGAAAAAAUGCUGCCAGAACAAGAAAGUCUGAUUUACAAAAACUUUGUCAGUUUAGUCAAAGACUGUGAUUUAGAACAAGUUAUGCAGAGUCUCUCCAUUAAAGAUCCCUCGGUUACAAAAGUCAUGGAUAAUGUAAAAAUUGAGCAGGACCGUCGCCACAACAACCGUUGCUUUCUUUUUCAACUCCUUAAGGUUAACUCAUCCAGCGUGUUUGAUGAUUUUGUUGAUACUCUUCGCGAAUACAAGUAUGAACAUGUGGCUGAUAAACUCCAAAAUAAACCUGUUGUUAAGCGUCCGCCACAUAUUACAUCUUGCGUUAAACUUCCCGAUAAAUAUGACGAACCCUUACAUACUUACGUGCCGGCAGAACAGCUUAACAUCGAGGUUAAAUAUGCAACGAACUUUUGUGAUAUGGAAGAUUGUUAUAGAACUAGGUCGAAAAAUAGGGGACAAGUUCUCAUUAUUAAUAAUAUUUUGUUUGAUAUGGAUAGCCACCAAAUGAGAAGAGGGGCAGAAGUAGAUGAAAACAAUUUAAAAGAAUUGUUUGAAAAGAUAGGCUUUUCAAUAGAGAUAUACAGGAAUUUACCUGGAGAGGAGAUUAAAAGUGUUACUGAGAAGUUUUCUCAAAAAGAAUAUGAAAAUAAUCCUGACGUAGGCAUUGUGAUAAUAAUGAGCCAUGGCGAAAAAAUUGAUAACAAAACAGUUAUCAUUGGCAGCGAUGGUAAAGGAGUCGAAGAGGAAUGGAUUAUUCGACAGUUCAAUAACCAGACCUGCGCUCUCUUCAGAAAUAAGCCGAAAAUUUUAAUUUUUAAUAUUUGUAGGGGAGAAUUAGUUGAUAAUUUAGCCCAAUUUGCUCAACACACCCAAUGUGAUUCAGCGUGUACCAAAAAGCCUGACAUUGAGGACAAAGACGAGCGUUAUUAUAGUGAUUUGAUAAUUUGCCAUCCGUCUGUUGAAGGUUUUCAGGCCCACAGAGAUACAGUCCGUGGAUGCUGGUACAUCGAACUGAUCUGUAAAGUUUUUAUGGAAAAUUCUGACAAAAUCGAUGUCGAAUCUAUGUUGAAAAUGGUGGAAAGGGGCCUUAAGAGUCGAAUUUCGGAAAAGAUGACGCGCCAGACUUCCACGUUUCUCAAUAUAGCAUUCCGAAAUUGUUAUUUGAAUCCGGGGAUUUACGAAGAAGACGGCGUGGUUAUGAAGUUUAAGCAGUCGCUUUGACGUAGAAUUGUGUUAGUUUAAGUUUCGCAAUAUACUAUUCAAUGACCAUUUAAAUAAAAUUUUAUAUAUAA